AACACGCAACACAAAUCUGUUGUCUUCUUUUCGCCCUGACUUUCUAUGUGGGAACACUGAUGGAAACGUACAUAAAUACUGCCAAGGCAAGGUCGUCGACUCACUCUGGCGAAUUACAAUCCUGCUGCAAGAAAAACCAACGCCGAAGCGGAUGUUUUCCUCCCUUGUCAGCGAUGCAGAAGUUGUUCACAAGUUUGUAAACAGAUACGCUAUGCUAAGUUAGGCUAAACAAGCUAACGUGUGUUCGUCAGGUCAUUAGCGCCACUUCCCAAAGAUGUCCAGUCUUCCACUAAAUAAUUUGAAGGAGCAGCUGGCGAGGCACAGCAGUGCUGCUCAGAGCAAGCUGUCCUUGGCUAAACCUAAACCGGGGGCCUUUUCUUUCAAAAAGAAGUCCACAUCUGGCACACCUAAGGCGGACCCGACGAAGGUAAACAACUCAGAUGCUUUGGCAAACAGGAGUGUCAAUAUUCCACCCAACAGUUUUCUGACAAAAUCUCCUUUGACGUUUUCAAACAAGCCCCAGAGACCUCCUGCCAAAAUCAACAGCUUCUUCUCGGUUAAUUCAAAAGCCAAGUCGGACUCCCUCAGCUCAACACUAAACUCUCCCAAUGCAUCACAACCUGUGUUACCCGUCCCUGCUACAAAGGUGUCUGCUUCUGGCACGAAACAUGACAACACCAAUUCUCCAAGUUUGGAGUCAUCUUUUGGUUGCCCAGUGGAUGAAUGGGAUGACCUUGAUGACUUUGAAACCUCUGCCAAAGGAAAAAAUGGUUUAGUCGGUCCAGGAGCCUCAGGGAAGAGUGGCAAGUCAGCAUCGUUUUCCAAUGAGGAAGAAGAAGAACUGACACAGACAUUAAACCAAGAUGCCUCUCUUGAGAUUGUGGCUCCAGAGGUCAGCAGCAACACGGCAGACAAGAGUAGUCUUACUGGAAGAGAACAAUCUAGUGGCAAAAUGGAUGAAGUGGUACACAGUGUGUCCCCUAUACACAGUCCCAUUGAGGAAUCAGCAGAGUGGGAGCUGGAGGAUUCGCCCAUUAAAAGGACUCGAAAACAGCCACUUGCUCAGCUGAAGUCUGUCACAAGUGACAGUGAAGAAGAGAGUGUUGGAGUGUCUGGGCCCCUUAAAGAUAGUACAGGCGAUACAUGGAUCGAUCCAGAUGUCAUAGAAGUUGGUGACAGCUUGAUGAUAGCUGACGAUGACCCAGAUUUCAUUCCCCCUUCCCCAGUCCACGAUGAAAUCAGCUAUUCCAGUUCUACAAGAAGGAAAAGAUUGAAGUUGGCUGAUUCUGAAAGUCGAGAUAUCCCAGUAAAAACAAAGGCACCCAUCACAAUCCUGAAUGAAGUAUCUAAGUGCCACCGUAAAGAGAAAGCAAAUGAGGAACUCUUCAUUAUCAUGGAGUCCAUUUGCAGUCUGGUUGACUCCAUUCCUGAACAUGAACUGAUUGCUCUGUCCUGUGGAACCGAGCUUCUGCUGAAAAGGGCUCAAAGGAAAAGGAUUCUUGUAAAUGGCAGUGACACGUCAUCUAACCAGCAGCCAGAUAGUACUAUGAUUUUGGAAACCAGUUUUAAAGAAAAGUCUUCACUGACUUGCGACAGUCCUGACAUCAUGUCAUCCAUAGCCUCUGUGCCUUCGGAUAGAAUAGACACCUCCAAGAAGUUUCUUCAGUGCAAGAGAUCUUCAGGCGUCUCUGUGGACUAUGACUGCAGUGUGUUUGAAGACUCUGGCAGCAUUAUUAAUAGUGUCAAGCCUGAUAUCACUGGAGACCAUGGGAGAACAUCUGCUGGAAAUCAGAGCACCUGUGAUUCUCCAUCAGCAUUAAGUUUCACAAACCACUCCUAUAAUUUCUCCAAGAACACAACAACAGUAUUUGAUGACUCAGAUUUAUUUUACUCACCUAAGAGUUCUCGGGCAGUUUCACGAAUGAGUGUAAGUGAUAGUACAGCCAGAACCUCAGCGGACAUUAAAGCAACAGAAAACACAGAACCAGAUGAUUUCUAUAUUGAUGACUUUGACAUCGACGACUUGGCUGACUCAGAUAUCCCUGAUUACUUUGAUGAACCUGCGAGCUCUUCGGUGUCAAACUCCAUCACUGUGACUAAAACAGUCAAAGAAGGGGGGGCAAGCAAGUCAUCAUGGGAAAGAAAGCCAGCAACACCGGCCCCUUCACCCAAGCCUUCAAUGGUUUGCUCCCCAGAACCCAACUUCAGAAACCCUGCCCAUGAUCGCUUUAGAGGGUUCAGUUUCCCCCACUCGUCAGAGAUGAUGAAGAUCUUUCACAAGCGUUUUGGUCUUCAUCAGUUCAGGUUCAAUCAACUCGAAGCGAUUAAUGCUACGCUGCUGGGAGAAGACACAUUUGUUCUGAUGCCCACAGGUGGGGGUAAAAGCCUGUGCUACCAGCUGCCUGCCUGCUUGUCUCCAGGAGUCACUGUGGUGGUCUCCCCUCUCAAAUCACUUAUUGUAGACCAGGUCCAGAAACUCACCACUCUGGAUAUCCCAGCUACAAGUCUGUCUGGUGAUAAAACUGAUAGUGAGGCAGGGAAGAUUUACAUGCAGCUGUCCAAGAAAGACCCCAUCAUUAAGCUGCUCUAUGUCACUCCUGAAAAGGUGAGUGCGAGCAACAGGCUGAUCAAUGCCCUGCAGAACUUGUAUGAGCGAGGCCUUUUGGCCCGGUUUGUCAUAGAUGAGGCCCAUUGCGUCAGUCAGUGGGGCCACGACUUCCGCCCGGACUACAAGAAGUUGCAUGAGCUGCGUCAGAAAUUUCCCAGAGUGUCCAUGAUGGCUCUGACAGCCACUGCCACUCCACGUGUCCAGAAAGACAUCCUUCACCAGCUGCAGAUGACCCGGCCACAGGUGUUUACCAUGAGUUUCAAUCGAACCAACCUCAAGUAUGCUGUGCUGCCCAAGAAACCUAAGAAGGUUGACGAGGACUGCAUCAACUGGAUCAAGAAGCACUAUCCACGUGACUCAGGCAUUGUGUACUGCCUGUCCCGUAAUGACUGUGACACCAUGGCUGAGAGUCUGCAGAGGGCGGGCCUAUUAGCUCUGUCGUAUCACGCCGGCCUGAGUGACAGCGACAGAGAAUAUGUGCAGAGCAAGUGGAUCAAUCAAGAUGGCUGCCAGGUUAUUUGUGCCACCAUAGCCUUUGGCAUGGGCAUCGACAAGCCUGAUGUGCGCUACGUCAUCCACGCCAGUCUCCCUAAGUCAGUGGAGGGCUACUACCAGGAGUCAGGGAGAGCUGGCAGAGAUGGGGAGAUCUCUCACUGUAUUCUCUUUUACUCGUAUACUGAUGUUGUCCGCAUCAAGAGGAUUAUCAGCAUGGAUAAAGAAGGUGACAGACAAGCCAAAGUCACUCAUUUCAACAACCUACACAGCAUGGUGCAUUUCUGUGAAAAUGUGAUGGAGUGCCGAAGGAUUCAGCUGCUCGCCUACUUUGGAGAGCACAAAUUCAAAGCCAGCUUCUGCAAGGACCACCCAGACGUCACCUGUGACAAUUGUGCCAAACCCAAUCAAUUCAAGAUGAGAAAUGUUACUGAAGAUGUGAAGAAGAUUUUGAGGUUUGUCCAGGAGAAUUGUGAGAAGGUUGGAGCAAGAUAUGGAAAGACUGCUCAGCAAAACCGGCUGACUCUCAACAUGCUGGUGGACAUCUUCCUAGGGUCUAAAUCUGCAAAGAUCCAGACAGGAAUGUUUGGGAUGGGAGCAGCUUACUCCAGGCACAACGCUGACCGUCUCUUCAAGAAGCUGGUUCUGGACAACGCCCUGGUGGAGGACCUCUACAUCACCAACAACGGCCAGGCAGUCGCUUACAUCUCUGCUGGACCCAAGGCCAUGAACAUCCUGUCUGGACACAUGCAGGUGGAGUUUUAUGAGACAGAGAGUGCAUCGAGCAUCAGGAAACACAAGGCUGCUGUGGCUAAGAACGUCUCCAAGAGAGAGGAGAUGGUUCAGAAGUGCCUGAAAGAGCUGACAGAUCUGUGCAAACAGCUGGGCAAAGUGUUUGGCAUUCACUACUACAACAUCUUCUCCACUGCCACCUUGAAAAAGAUAGCAGAGACACUGUCUGCUGACCCUGAAGUCCUUCUGCAAAUUGAUGGUGUGACAGAGGACAAGCUGGAGAAGUAUGGAGCUGAGGUCAUAGAGUUGCUGCAGAAAUACUCAGAGUGGCAGCUACCUGUGGAGGAGCAGACUGACGGCAAUGUGGAGUCUGAUGGGUGGAUAGACACGACUCGAGGACGCACACAUGAAUAUGAUGAUUAUGGGGACGACACAGAAUCCAACUACUUCAGUGAGCACGCUGCCCAAGGACAGAAGAGGAAGAAAGCCCCCUUCUUCAAGUAUGCCAAGAAGAAAAAAGGAUUUCCCAACAAGAACACCAACUCUAAAGGUCGUGGCUACAGCAACAAUAAAUCGUGGUCAUCAUCCAGCUCUAGAGGCGGCUCAAAAGCUCAACCCCAGUCUGCAGGCCGUGGCUCCAGGAACUCAGCAUCCAGCGCACCGACAGGCAGGAGACCAGGCUUCAUGGCCAUCCCAACCCCACAGACCAGCCAGAGACCUUUCCUUAAACCAGCCUUUUCACGCAUGAGCUCAGACCAGAACCAGUGGAUCUAACCUCCAAGAUUCUGCACCAAGAUUGCACUUCUAAACCUGUUGGUUUUUACAGCUGUUUACCUGUUCCCACUGUUUGUUUUAACCAUUGUCUAUUUAUGUACAGUUUUUGUCAUGUAAUCUGACAAACAUUGGAUUAUUUCAAUUGUGACUUGUGUUUUUUGUGUGUCCAUUUUGAUGUACAUUUUAAUUUAAGGCAUAUUGACCAAAUAAACCUGACUAAUUGAACUAACUAAGAAACCUGA